GGUAAAAGGAAGGUUCAAAAGUGAACGAGGGGGAGGGAAAGAAAGAGAGAAAGCCGUGUUGUGGAGGUCGGGCAGGAAUCCAUGGCCACGAAGAGGGAUUGAGCUGGUAGAGCUCCUGAGAGCGGGAGCGCGCACGAGAGAGAGAGAGAGAGAGAGAGAGAGAGAGAGAGAGAGAGAGAGAGAGGACCAUGGCGACAGGGAGAGAUUCUGCAGGAGGGAGAGAGAGGGGGUUAAACUCGGCGGAGAGAUGGGAAUGGAGAGAAGUAGGGAGGGAGGGGAGGGGGAACGGCAAGGCGAACGGGAAGAGGGGUCUACGACAAGAUUUCAUGCCAAUGGAGAGGAGUUCUGAAGCUAGAUGGGUGGAGAGGGGGAGAGAGGGGGUUAGGUUCGGUGGAGAGGUGGUGGGAAUGAAGAGAGGUAGGGAGGGAUGGAUACAAGGUGGAACAGCGAGAGGGAUAGGGGUGGUGUUAAGGAAAUAUGUGGGGAGAUGGGAAUGGAGAGAGGUAGGGAUGGAGGAGAGGGGAAAGCGGAAGGAGAAAGGGAAGAGGAAUCUGCGGCGGCAAGUUUCCCUGCCGAUGGAGAGAUCUGAAGCCAGACGGGUCGAGAGCGAGAGAGAUGGGCCGGAUAAACUCGGUCGAGAGAUGGGAAUCGAGAGAGGUAGGGAGGGAGGUAGACAUCGUGGCAUAGCGAGAGGGAGAGAGAGGGGGCUAAGUAGAGUGGUCGAGAGAUGGGAAUGGACAGAAGGAGGGAGGGAGGGGAGAGUGAGAAAGGGGAACUUCAAGGCGAAAGGGAAGAGGGAUGCACGUCAACGUUCCAUGUCAGUGACGACAAGGUCCAAAUUAAGAUGCGUCGAUCGUCGUGAUAAUUUGGUGGAUAAGCCUGACCGUCCUGCUGACGUGGCGGAUAAGGCUGACGAUGAUGAUAUUCCGCCGCCGCCGCCAGUGGUGUUACCCGAUUGGUCAAGUCUACCAACGGACGUGCUUGCCGUUAUCUUGAGCUUCCUUCCUAUUCGGGAAAGGUUUCGUGCGUGGAUUGUGUGCGAGCGAUGGCGAUGCGCCUCCGUAGAUCCUGUCUGUUGGAGGCAAGCCGAUCUGAUGGACAUGAAGGAUGAUGAGAUCUCAGCUGAAGCAACGAGAGCCGUCAUUGUGCGCAGCCGAGGUCAGCUAAGGAGUCUCUCCCUCCGGUUUUGCGACGACGGGUUGCUACAGUACAUCGGCGCGCAUUGCCCGCUUCUUGAAAAGAUCAAGAUCGAUGAAAUGGAGGGUGAUGAUUUCUCGAGAAUGAUUAAGAAUAGAUUCAGGCCGUCGAUCCGUUCGAUCAAAAUUUUUGUUGACGGCUGUCGCCAGCUUCGAUCGCUUCAUCUGUUUGCGGAACUUGAGGUAGGCCGUGAAGAGUUAUCGGAAAUUGUUAGGGUUUUGUUGUCUGGUUCACCGCACCUGGUCUCUUUAUAUCUUGAUGUGUCAACGAUAUGUCGGAGGAGGUUGAUAGAAAGGGCGCGGGUUCGUUCUUGGCUCUUUGAGAUGGACAUUGAUGAUCUAAGAUUCAUGAUUGAACACUUGCCUAAUUUGGAAACCCUGGGGCUAAGGCAUGCUUGCGUAACGGAUGCCGUUCUGGAUCUGAUUGGCAAGGACAUGCAGAGCUUGCGGUCCUUGUUUCUGCAGUAUUGCAGCUAUCUGACUUGGGAGGGGUUAAGAGCUCUGCAGUCGGCGCGUAAAGAUCUGCAUGUCACGAUGAAGAACUGUAUUAGGGAAGACCCAUUUGCCGAAUACUCGUGGUAGGUAUUGAGUAGUAGCUUCAUCGAAGCUUCCCGUGGUAGGCAGCGAAGAUUCGCGGAACGUUCGUGGAAGGUAUUAUGAGAAAGGGGAAAUGCUGCCCCCCCUCCCUCCCCCUCCUCCAAAAAAAAAAAGGUUGGAAAUGGGAAUAUGCAGCGAUGAUUGAAGCUCGUUGUUACAUUUGUUGCGGCUACCGCACACAACACACGAACCUUGGGAAAAAAAAAAAAAAGACUGCAUCUUCCCUCUGAAGUUGGAAUCAUUCAUCCUGUACUAUGAACAGUAAAGGGGGAAGAUUCACUCUUUUUUCUUUUCUUCUUUUCUUUUUUUUUCCGUUUGGUGUGUUGUGUGGCGAGGCCGUGUAACUUGUUUUUUUUUUCUCAAGUUUUUUGUCAGUGUAUUGCAAAAUAGACCAGGGGCGUGGUCCCAGUAACAAAGAGGGUCGGAUCGA